CAAUCACAGAAGAGUUUUGGUAAACAAAAAUAUACUUCGGACUUCCCGGUUUUACUUCAAACACGAUAAUUUAUGUAUGAAAGGAGUGAUUACCUAAAUUGAACAAUGUAAGGAAUUUUUGACACAAUUAUUUGUUAAAUCGACAUUGUGAUAUGGCGGGUUUGUUACCCGAAGACGACGCAGAGCCCAUUCUUUUGGUGAACAAACUGACCCCUCAUUUCUUGUGUCCAGUAUGUGAACAGUUGUACAAAAAUCCGGUCAUUAACAUUAAAUGUGGACACACGUUUUGUAAGAGAUGUGCGAGUGGCUGUUCCAGGUGUCCUGUGGACAAUGAGCCGUGCGAUGCAAGUCAACUGAUUUUAAACAGACUUGUUGUUGGUCAAAUUGAUGAACUCCUGAUUUAUUGCAAAUAUGGCAUUCGAAAACAAAAUGGAACAUGGGUUCAUGACCCUACAGGCUGCCAAGAACAGAUAAUAAUUGGAAAUCGACAUGAACAUGAGGACCAAUGUACAUUUGCUCCCAAACCUUGCCCUAAUGAUGUACAAAACUGUGGCACAUUCAGGGCCUCAGAACUUGAGCAACACUUACAGACCUGUCCAUACUUUGAAUGUGAUCAUAAAGACAAAGGAUGUGUAUUUCAUGGGAGACAAGAUGAAGUUAGAGACCACUUAGGAACCUGUGGAUACAGAGGAUUGCCUAACAGCAUCAGCCAGAGAGAUUUUCAAGACCAGACUAAAGCACUAGAGGCUGAGAAUAAAUGUUUGAGAGACAGACUUGACAGCCUGACAAAACGAGUGGAGGUGUUAGAAGGAAACAAAAAUUCACUGGAAUUUACACUGGAGACAUGUUUAAGCAAUUAUCAGAAUUUAAACAAGAAGCAUGAAGCCCUUCAGACUUUAGUGGAACAGUUAAUGAGCUCGCGUAAUCGGCGCUCUAUGUCAUCCCCAGGAAACUCGGCUGAGGCAAUUAGACAGAGAACUAGCAGCACCAGUAGCUUCUCAAGUCUACUCUCUGGAUAUGGUGGUCCAAAGCUAAGCCCUCCAGCAAAUUUAAGACCAGAAACCUGGAAAAUGCCUUUCCAAUUCAAAUGUAUUGGAUCCCUCAGAGGCCACAAAAAGGAAGUUUGGUGCCUGGCUCUGUAUAAACAGAGACUGUACAGUUCUGGAGGGGAUAGUUUGAUUAAAGUCUGGGACCUAGAUGUUGUCACCAAUGGCUGUAUCAAAACUAUGGAGGGUCAUUCUGGAGUGGUUCACACUAUGGCCAUCUAUGAGAACACACUGGUAUCAGGGGGAGACGACCUAUCUAUCAGAGUGUGGAAUCUGGAUUCUAACACACAGGAAAACUGUGUCUUUAAUGCUCAUGAUAAUCUGAUCAGUUCCAUGGUAGUUGUUGGAGACAACCUUUUUACUGCUUCUUACUCACUAAUAAAGGUUUGGGAUAUGAAGACCCUGUCUUUAAUUCACACAAUAUCUGGAUUACACCACUGGGUCAGAGCUUUAGUAGUUAGUCAAGACAAGGAAUGUUUAUACAGUGGAUGUCACAAUACCAUUGACAUUUGGAACACUUCAGGGUCUUUCCAGCAUAAAGGGAACAUUUCUCACAACUAUGGGUCAAUUUACUCUCUUGCAAUCACGCAUGAAUUUGUCAUUGCAGGUACAUACAACAGAAAUAUACAGGUGUUUAGUUUGUCAAAUAAUCAUCAUGUCUCCUCUCUCAGGGGUCAUAUUGGGGUCGUGAACUCUUUGACUGUGACCCCAUCAGGUCGUUUUCUAUUUUCGUCUUCCAGUGACCAAACAAUAAUGAUCUGGAACUUGGAGAACAUGCUGCCUAUCCAGACCCUCCACAGACAUGAGGGAGGGGUCAAUGCUGUAGCUCUGUAUGGGGACACACUCCUGUCUGGUUCUGAGGAUCAUGAAAUCAAGUUGUUCCAGUAUUUCCAAAUGCAGAUGGGAUUUGCCUUACAAACAUGAAAAUCAACCACAUGCAAUAUCAGUUUUCACAGAGUAAACCUGCUGUUCUCCACAUCCAAGAAAAACUUCCAUGAUGUCUUUCAUAUUGACAGUUACAUUUAAUUGAAUACUAGUAAAGUGCUUGCAUGUUUUUUUUUUUAAACAUGUUAUCUCCGUUCAUGCCAAGGUUUAUAACUCAAAGUAACAAAUGUACAAUGAAAUCAAAAGUUGGAAAUUAUUUUCUAGCUUAGACUUCCAGUGGAAGAGAUGUUUUAAUUGUAAAUCAUUCCAUUUACAUUUUCAGAAAAUUCAUUUAGUGGGUGUGUUUGCUUGUCUCAUUUAAAAAAGCAACUUUCACUAUUGAUAUACAUGUACACAUGUAGCAUUUGCAUAUUUUUCUGUUUUGUGAAUAUACACAUUUAUUUCUUUUUUGCUUGUGUACAUAUAUUCAUGAAGUAAGAUAUCAGGGAAUCAUCAAUUCGUUUACAAGACCAUUUUGUAAAUUAUCAACUUUCUUUUGUACCUGUUAUUAAUAUUUUACUGGUUAAUAAAAUACUGUUAUGAUAAG